UAACAUAUGCUUGUGUUUCAGAGACAACUUUUACUAUUAGUUUUCUUGGUAAAAAAUUCAAUGUGAACUAUUUGCUGAAUAAGACAAAUAUGGUGGUUCUUACAUUUGGUAAAACUGUGCUUUGCUAUAUUUUGCUAUGAUUUUCAUGUUUAUUAUAAGAGAGUGUGAGAAAUAUUAUGAAUUUUACUAAUUGCAUUGUUAUCAUUUGUAGAAUGGAUCCUUACACAUUGUAUUACCAUUACGAUGGGAAGGUUGAGCACAAGAUUGUUGAUAGAGAGAAGUUCAGUUAUUUUGAGUUACUAUGCGACAUCUACAGUACGGUGUUGUCACAUAUUCCAGAUGGGAGGUCUAUCAAGUUCACUUGUCAAGCUAUGCUGCCUGAUAGUAGGGUUAUGAUUGAUAUAUGGAACGAUGACACACUCAUGCAAGUGUUGUCUAUUUUUGAAGAGUUGAGGGUUCUUAUGGUGUAUGUGUCAAAUGUGAAGCAGUUUGACAAUGGUUUUGGUGGUCAUACCAUUAAUGGCUAUCCAUUCAAAGUUGUUGGUAGAGAUCUUCCAAGAAGAAGACAGAGGAAUGAAGUGCAGCCUCCUAGCAUUGGAAUUGGAUCAUUUGUUCAUUAUGAAAGUGGUACAUCUAGAGUACCAAAACCGAUAGUCCAGAGUGCUUGUUGCUCAGGUAUUUCUAUAGGCAGAACUGGUGCAUCCAACAUGAGAUCAAGCGAAGAUGGUAGUGGUACAAUCCCCGGGAUAAUUUCAAGUCAUAGUGAGAAAGGAAAAUCUAUUGUAGAUGUGGUAGAGGUGAUAGAUGAGGCAAAUGAUGUGACUAAUACAUACUCAAGUGGAUGUGAGUAUGUUAUGUCUGACUCGGAAGAUGAAGACUGGAAAAUGCAAAGUGAUGAUGGCUUUAAAGAUAUUAGUAAAAGUGGAAGUGAAGAAGAGGUGCACUUUGAAGAUGGGGAUGGCUCUGAGGUGCACUUUGAAGAUGGGGAUGGCUCUGAAGGUGAUGAAGCAUCUAUUGGAACUGAUGACUUAUCAGAUUAUGACUCCGAUGAGUUCCAUGCACCACAAGUCCGUAGGGCAAGAAGUGUUUUUGAUGUUGAAGGAAAAGUCCAACUAGAGGAUGGUAUGAUAUUUGAUGAUGUGGACCAUUUUAGGAGAGAAUUGAAAGAUUAUGCAAUCCAAGAGGGUUUUCAUCUUCAGAGAAUAAAAAAUGAGAGGACAAGGGUAACUGUUAUUUGUGCUGAUGAUGGUUGUCAGUGGAGAAUUCAUGCAUCACCGACUGAAGAUAAAAUCACUUUUAUGAUAAAGUCUUUUAAUCCUCAGCAUACUUGUUCUCAAAGAAAAGACAAAAACCCGGAUGCAACAUCAAGAUGGAUUGCUAACAAACUUGGUCCACAACUCAAAGCAGAUCCUGAGUUGUCUACUAAUAGUAUUAGAGCCAUGUUAUGGAAGGAUUAUAAGAUUCAACCAAGUUACAGUCAGAUUUGGAGGGCACGUCUUCUUGCAAAAGAAGUAAAUGAGGGUAGCCAUGCCAAGUCGUAUUCCAAGCUUCCAAGGUAUGGAGAGAUGGUUAGGCAAACCAAUCCAGGUUCAAUGUUUAAUCUUCAAUUCAUUUCAAGAACUAACAUGGCCGACAAUCCAGUGUUUAAAAGGUGUUUUGUUUGUUAUGAAGCAAGCAAAAGAGGGUUUCUUAAUGGUUGUAGGCCAUUUAUUGGGUUGGAUGGAUGCCAUCUGAAGGGAAAGUUUGGAGGGACACUAUUGGCAGCUAUUUCUGUUGACGGGAACAAUGGAUUAUUUCCACUUGCCUAUGCUGUUGUUGAAUCUGAGUGCAAAGACAGUUGGCUGUGGUUCCUUCAGAAUCUGUAUACUGCAUUGUAUUCUACAUCAGAUGACAUGGGGUAUUUAACUUUCAUGUCAGAUAAGCAAAAGGGGUUAACUGAUGCAAUUAAGGAGGUUUUCCUUGAAUCACAUACAAGGCAUUGCAGUAGGCAUUUGUAUGCAAAUUUCAGGAAAGAUUAUAAAGGUGAGAAGCUAAAAGCUUUAUUUUGGACUGCAUCAAGGGCUUACAGAGAAAUUGAGUGGACAAAGGCAAUGGCUGAGAUCAAGAGUAUAAAUCAAAAAGCAUAUGAUUUUCUGAUGGAAAACCAGCCUAGUUCAUGGUCAAGAUGGGCAUUUAAUCACCAAACAAAAAGUGAUCACAUAACCAACAACAUGACAGAGUCCUUCAAUAACUGGGUAGGCCCGUAUAGAGACAAACCCAUCCUAUAUUUGAUUGAUCAAGUGCGGAUAAGUUUGAUGGAUAAAUUACAUAAGAGGUUUGAGCAAGCUUGUUCUUACAAGGGGACUUUGACACCAAAGAUUAAGAAGAGAAUGGAUGUGAUCCACCAGCAAUCAAGAUCUUGUGUGGCCCUAUCAGCAGGAUAUAAUGAAUUUGAGGUGAACGAUGGCACAUCAAGAUUUGUGGUAAACUUGAAUACUCGAAAAUGUGGGUGUCAAGUAUGGGAGGCUACCGGGCUGCCAUGUAGACAUGCAGCUUGCUGUAUUACAUUUAAGAGGGAAAACCUAUCAGAUUACUGUGAUAGUUUUUAUUUUCUAGGGAAAUAUCUACAAGCUUAUGAGAACAUGAUACACCCACUUCCUGACAUAUCAGAGUUGGAAGAAACAAGUAGUAUGGGAGUGGUGGAGCCUCCACCUCUGAGAAGGCACCCAGGCAGACCCAAAAAAGUUAGAAAAAAGGAGGAUGGUGAACCAGCAGGAAGUGAGUACAGAAAGAAGUCUACAUCAGUAAGAUGUGAUAAGUGUGGGCUUCAGGGUCAUAACAGGAGAACAUGUAAAGGGGGUCAAAUUAGGAGGAAAAGGGCAAGGAAAAGCAGUAUUGUGAAGGAGAGUCGAAAUGUGGGGGCUAGUGAAGCUGAAGUCAAUGUCUCUCAGCGGACAAGAUCACAUAAUGCAUCAACUGCAUUGAAUGAUAGUGUUCAAGCAAGGAAAAGAGCGAAAGCGACAGCAGCUCGGGCAAGAAGACGUGAAAAGGAGGCAAUGCAGAAGCCAAACAAGAAUUGA